AUGCUCUACGUCAUCAUCGCCGACUACCUCGUCUUCUACAUCAAGGACUACAACCUCUACGACAUCAACAUUGCUAACGGCCACUGCUUCUACACCCACAUCAUUGACUACCGCAUCCUCUACAUCAACCUAUUCGCGGACGCCAUCCUCCAAGCCAACAUCGUCCACUACCACAUCUUCUACAUCAACAAUGCUGGCGACCACACCUUCUACACCCACAUCAGCGACUACCACAUCCUCUACACCAACAUGGACGACACCUUCCACGUCAACAUCGUCGACGACCACAUCUUCUACAACAACAAUGCCGGCGACCACACCUUCUACAUUUACAUCGGAUGCUUCGCAUCUGAAGCUGGUAUCCCUUCGUACAUUUACAUCAUCGACUACCACACCCUCUGCAUCAACCCGUUCGCCGACGACAUCUUCUACAUCAACAUCGUCGUCUACUACAUCCCCUAUGUCAACAAUGCCGGCGACCACACCUUCUACAUUUACAUCAUUGAGUACCACACCCUCUGCGUCAACCUGUUCGCCGAUGACAUCUUCUACAUCAACAUCGUCGUCUACUACAUCCUCUACGUCAACAAUGCUGGCGACCACACCUUCUAUGGCCACACCAUUGACUACCACAUGCUUUACAUCAUCAUGCUCGCCGACGACAUCGCUGCACAUCAACAUCUUUACUACCGAAUCCUGUGCAUCAUUGCUUUUGAUAGCCACAUCUUCUACAUCAGUGCCGGUCAUAUCUUGUACAUCGACAGGCUCGUCGACCGAAUCUUCACCAUCAACAUUACCAAUGACCACACCCUCUACAUCAGCAUCUUCAAUGAAGACAUCUUCUACGUCAACAUCAUCGACUACUACAGGAUCAACGCCGGCCUCACCCACCAAUACUUUCUACGACGAGACCCUUUUCGGCCACAUGGUGUAUGA